UAAUUGCCAUUUCAUCACCCCUGUGCCUCGAAAAAAUCCUACUCUCCCUACUCUUCCAGAUACAUCCAUAAUCCCGAUUCUUCCGAUCAUGUCUCACUUCAAGUCCAAGUUCCAUGAUGAGCUCAUUGCCAAUGCUGCUUACAUUGGCACUCCUGGAAAGGGUAUUCUUGCUGCUGAUGAGUCAACAGGAACAAUUGGCAAGCGUCUAGCCAGUAUCAAUGUGGAGAAUGUUGAAUCAAAUAGGCGUGCUCUUCGUGAGCUCCUCUUCACGACUCCUGGAGCCCUCCAGUGUCUAAGUGGAGUGAUCCUCUUUGAGGAAACCCUAUACCAGAAGACAGCUGCAGGCAAGCCCUUUGUGGAGGUGUUGAAGGAAGGUGGCGUCCUUCCUGGCAUCAAGGUUGACAAAGGCACUGUUGAGCUUGCUGGAACUAAUGGAGAAACCACCACUCAGGGUCUAGAUGGCCUUGGUCAGCGUUGCCAGAAAUAUUAUGAAGCUGGCGCACGGUUUGCCAAGUGGAGGGCUGUGCUUAAAAUUGGCCCGAAUGAGCCAUCUGAGCUAGCUGUCCAUGAAAAUGCCUAUGGGUUGGCAAGAUAUGCUGCCAUAUGCCAGGAGAAUGGAUUGGUUCCUAUUGUUGAGCCUGAGAUCCUUGUGGAUGGACCUCAUAACAUUAAUAAGUGUGCUGCAGUGACUGAACGUGUGCUUGCUGCAUGCUAUAAGGCUUUAAAUGAUCACCAUGUGAUGCUUGAAGGAACACUUCUGAAACCAAACAUGGUGACCCCUGGAUCAGAAGCUCCAAAAGUUUCGCCUGAGGUUAUUGCUGAGCACACUGUCAGAGCUCUGCUGCGUACUGUACCUGCGGCUGUUCCAGCUGUGGUUUUCUUGUCUGGCGGGCAGAGUGAGGAGGAGGCAACUCUCAACCUCAAUGCCAUGAACAAGUUAAAGGGGAAGAAGCCGUGGUCUCUUUCAUUCUCUUUUGGAAGGGCUCUUCAGUCGAGCACGCUCAAGGCAUGGGCUGGAAAGGAGGAAAACGUGAAGAAAGCUCAAGAAGCCUUCCUGACAAGGUGCAAGGCGAAUUCAGAGGCAACACUGGGAACCUACAAGGGUGAUGCAAAGCUUGGUGAAGGUGCCUCGGAGAGCCUCCAUGUGAAGGACUACAAGUACUGAUCAACUUCUCGGUGAGGGAAAUCGGCCAUGAGGUCCAAGUUCGAUGAAGAUUAUGGUGGAACGCUGCGGAGUAAUGGACUGAUUUUUGUAUGUCUUUUCUUUUUCUCCUGUGUUUCUUUGCUUAUGUCUGUUUCAGUGUACUUAAUAGGUUUGUAAUUAUCAGUUUGUGUCAAACCGUUGCAAAAAGACGUAGCUACCUAUCUAUAAAAUGGGCUGUUGUUGGAGUUCGAGAUGUGGUCUAAUGGCGACAUAUACCAAGUUCUUGUUUUGAAUAUCUUGCUUGUUAUCGGCACUGCUGUUUA